UUGUAUUAAUAACCUUUGUCAUCUAUGUUUAUAUACAUGAUCAUGUCGCCUAGUUGAGUAGUUCUUAUGUUCCUUCAGAGUUGAAGAUAGUUUACUUCCUAGUCCAAACCUCCCACGGGACGACGGGGGAUGGGAGCAGGCAGGGUUUAAACCCGAAACCAUUGAUAUAUCUGAACCAGUCUAGCGCGCAAACCGCACGACCGGGCAGCCAAAUAAUAAAAGCCAUGGCAGAAGCAAAGAUCAUGGCAGAAAUAACAAAUAAGCUUUCUUCAUUUGAUAUUCGGAAUCGUUCACCUUAUCCAGAAACAAAGUAUGGUUUCAAGAGAGCUGCUGUCCUAUUGCCCCUGAUGCUGAAAAAUGACGAACUAUAUCUACUGCUUACAAAACGUUCUAAAAAUAUGCGAAACCAUCCUUCUACAGUCUCAUUCCCAGGUGGUAUGAGAGAAGAGAAUGACUUAUCAGAUGUGGACACCGCUCUCCGCGAAGCUCAGGAGGAAAUAGGACUGAAACCGAACACAGUCCAAAUAGUAGCUGUCUUAACAAGGGGGAUUACUCUGCCCAACACUAUUGUAUACCCAGUGGUCGGUAUGAUUCCAAAUGACUUUGUUCCUAUUCCUAACCCAGUUGAAGUAGACUACACAAUUCUGGUGCCGUUGAAGACAUUUUUAGACUCAAAGUGUGUCAGAUAUUCAGAGUUUAAAUUUCGAGGGAGAUCUAUUGUGAAUCGUUCAGUCUUCCACCAAGAUGAAGUGCAUGGUGUUGAAGUUGUGUGGGGAUUCACUGCCAACUAUUGUACAUUUCUAGCUAAAAUCAUAUUAGAAAAUGAAGAUUUUUUAGCCAUUUUUAAUGAUUCCACUUAUCCAUUACAAAAUAUGGCCAGUGAUUUGGUUGAAUAUUUUGAUUUUAUAACAAGUACUUCAGCUGUUAAUUCAAAACUAUGAUGCAUCAUCUGCCUGAUUUUCUGUUUACAAUAUUUAUACAAGACUCUUGUAAAUUGUACUCUGUUUUAAUUUUCAUGCAACAGAACAAAUCAGAGACUGAAUGGGGACAGACAGGCCAUGCUUUGAAAAGAUUUAACUGCAGUUCCAAAAAAAAGUUAUUUCUUCUUACAAGAUGUGUUUUUAAGCCAUACAGCACAGAUUUCCAUUUGUGGAAGGAAUGCUUUUAUCCUAUGUCUUUCAAAUAAAGUUAUUGUUGUUUUAACCAGAAUCUUUAUUAUUCCUUAUGGUUAUUAAUUCAUGCUUGUACAGUAGACAAUAAUAUUAAAUUUGUGACUCACAAUGAAUUUGUAUUAUUAUCAGUGCUAAGUUUUCCGUUUGUAACAUUUGGGCAUUUUUUUUUUCUAUUGUGAAUGUUUAAGUCAAAAAGAAGUAAAUUUUAAUAACUGUUGUUUCACAAUAAUUAGUUCUUCUCUUUCUCAUAUGUCCUCUCUAGUGCUGAAUGUAAAUAUUUAUUAUUAGAUCUAUUCAAAAAUAUAAUCAAAUGCCUUUGUCAUGGCAGUGCAGUUCAA